CCUCUUCCGACACACACACAUAACAACGAGCAGCACAGCUCACGCUCGGCUACGACUACGAUCCGCGCGCAUCGAUGGCGAUGAGUGACACCGGCUCGAGCUUCGCGCAGUGGGCCGCGCUCUACCACCACCACGACCCCGCCGGCGGCCCGGUCCUGCCCGACGACGACGCGGCGGACGCUGGCAACGGCAUCGGCAGCGGCACCGCCACCGCCGCGAGCCCGACGUCGGGAGGGUCCAGCGGCGGGAGCCCCACCACCAAGGCAGCGUGGGGGCAGCAGCAUCUGCUUCACGGGGUGGAGGGGCCCCGGGUCGCCGGGAAGCCGGCGGCGGCGCGGCGGCGGUCCCGCGCGUCGCGGCGGGCGCCCGUGACGCUGCUCAACACGGACGCCGCCAACUUCCGCGCCAUGGUGCAGCAGUUCACGGGCGUCCCCGCGCCCCUCGCCGGCGCGUUCAGGGUCGGGGACGGGGCCCCGGUCAUCAGCUUCGCCGCCGACUACGGCUUCCCGCCCGCUUCUUCUUCCUCGGCCGUCAACGUGUCCUUCUUCGACCACCAGCUCCACCGGAGCCAACAACACCCUGCAGCGCCGCCGGUCCACAGGCAGCAGCAGCAGUACGCCGGCGCGUCGCCGUUCGGCGGCUACAGCAGCGGCCUGGUGCAAGGCGGCGGCGCAAGCGACGUCUUCCCCGCGUCGGCGGAGGACAGGAUGCUCCUGCAGAGCAUUCUGGCCGCCCAGAUGCCGCACAUGCCGCCGGUGUCCGGCGCUAACACCAGCUCUCAUGGCUUCUUUGCUUGAAUAAGUAAGUAGCUGACCAAGGUACUACGACGGCGUCAUCCAUGCCAGUAUGCCACAUGCAUGGAAGCUAGAGAACAUGGGGGAGAUGGAGUGAGGAUUAGCAGCCUAGCAGUAGCAAAGAAGAAGAAGAAGAAGGGGUAAUCACAAGUUUCCCUGGUUGCGUUUGAUUAGUUUUCUUAUCCGCGCGCGCAGCUUCAUUUGUUUCUCCGCUAGCUGCAGCGAUGUAAAUAUCUUUAUCUUGUUUUUAAAAGAUGCAGUAGUCUCUGUACA